UAUUUAAUAAGAUGGGAUGUAAUAAAUCUGUUUCCAUAGUAAAACCUCUUGAUUUCUAAGAAAUAAGAGAAAUCACUUAGAAAAUGAUAGAAAUUGAAAAUGAGAUUAUUACAAUAUUAUUUCCUGUAACUGAGAGAAAUACAAAACGAAAAAGUACUGUUACAGUAUUUUUAACUCCUCGAAAGUCCUAAAGUCGUAUAGAUUUAUAUUAGUCUCCUGUUCGAAUCAAUAGCAGAUAAAAUUCAAGGAUUUUUAAGGAAGAAAAGAUAACUGAAAAUAUAUUAAUAUUCACAGAUAGAUCAACAUAAAUUUAAUCAAUUAAUCUAGUUUCUGAGUCUCCAACAAGAAAAGAUAGAAGUAGAAUUAGUAGUGUACAUAAAGUUACAUCUUCAAUUCAUUCUAAUUUAGAAGUUUAGAAAAUUGAUAAAGAACCUGAUAUACAUCCUAUAAUAUAAUAAUAAAUACAAAAGCAUGGAUCUUAUAAGUUUUUAUAAGAUUAAAAUUAUACAGAUUGUAUUAAGUUGUAGCCUCAUAAAUUUUCAAAUGCUGAUAUUUAUUCUGGUUAUUGGAAAAAUAAUCUUAAACAUGGAAGAGGUAAGUUAUUUUUAGCAUCAGGUUCAUAUUUUGAAGGAUACUUUAAAGAAGGACAAAUUCUGGUAGGUAAAUAUUUUUUUAAGAAUGGAAAUAUUUAUGAAGGGGAAUUUUAAGAGGGGAAGUUUAAUGGUAAAGGUCUGUAUUUAUGGACAGAUGGUGAAUAUUAUAAUGGAUAAUGGAAAAUGGAUUAAAGAGAAGGAUAAGGAGCAUUUUAAUUUUCUGAUGGUAGAAAAUAUAUUGGAGAAUGGAAAAAUGAUAAAAAGAAUGGUUAAGGAGAAUAUAUUAAUCCUGAUGGAAAUAAAUAUGAAGGUUAAUGGAAAGAUAAUAAAAGACAUGGAUUUGGUACUGCAUUAUUACCAGAUGGAUCUUCAUUUAAAGGUUAAUGGGUUAAUGAUAAAAAAAAUGGUAAAGGAGAAUAUCGUUAUGUAAAUGGAGAUCUAUAUUAUGGAGAUUGGUAUGAAAAUCUUAAACAUGGAAAAGGUAAACUUACAUAAAAAGAUGGUUGUUCUUAUGAAGGAUAGUAUUUUAAUGGAUAAAUGGAAGGAGAAGGUACAUUUAUUUGGACUGAUGGUAAAAAAUAUAUUGGAUCUUGGAGUAGAAAUACUAGAAAAGGUUUUGGUAUUAUGACUAUGACAGAUGGAAAAUAUUAUAAAGGAGAAUGGGAUAAUGAUGAAAGAUAUGGUUAAGGAGAAUUUCAUUGGGGACCAGAUCAUUAUUAUAUUGGUUAAUGGAUUGAAAAUGUUAGGGAAGGAAUGGGAGAAUAUUUAGAAGAUGGUAUUAAGUACAUAGGUAAUUGGGUAAGUGAUAAAAAGCAUGGCUAAGGAAAAUAAAUUUAUCCACUCUACACUUAUGAAGGUUCUUGGAUUGCUAAUUAAAGAGAGGGGUAAGGAAGUGCAACAUUUAAAAAUGGAUUGAAAUAUAUUGGAUCAUGGAUGAAUGAUUGCAUACAUGGGAAUGGGAUUGCUGAUUACAAAGAUUUUAAAUAUAAUGGAGAUUGGUCAAGAAAUAGAAUGGAUGGCAAAGGUGUUUUUACUUAUAACUUUUGUUCUUAUACUGGAUCAUAUAAAAGUGGAGUCAGAGUUGGAGUUGGAACAUUUAAAGAUGGAGCUGAUAAUCUUAUUAAAUAAGAAUUUAGAGAUGGUAAUUUAGUUGAUUAUUCUGAAUGA